AUGAAUAGAACAGAAGAAAACAGCCAUCUGACAUGGGACAAUGAGAGGGCCGUGGUCUGCACAAUACUGAGCUUGUCAUUUGCUAUUGGGAUCCCUGGGAAUUCCAUUGUCAUCUGGACUAUUUGUGGGAAAGUGAAGCAAAGAUCUCCUACAGUCAUGCUGAUCCUAAAUCUGGCCAUUUCAGACAUCUUGGUGCUGGUUACUUUACCAGUCUGGAUUUACUCCUUUGCUAACAUCUGGCUAUUUGGAGUCACCUUCUGCAAAACACUGGUUUCUGUUGUUUACGGCAGUAUGUAUGCCAGCGUGUUUAUAAUUACAACACUGAGUCUGGAGCGGUUCAUGGCUGUGUUUUACCCAUUCAUGAUUCAAAGGUGGAAAAAUAAAGCUGUGAUUCUCAAAGUUGUUUUUCUCAUUUGGCUCCUGUCUGUUGCUUUUGGAGCUUCCAUAAUCCCAUUUCAAGAGAUUGAAGAAACCAAGAUUGGUCAGCAGUGCACAUAUCGCAACUACGCUUCUGAUCAGCAGAAAAUAUUGUGCCUUUUGUUGGAGACUAUUGUGGGUUUUGUGAUUCCUUUUGUUAUCAUCUCUACUUGUUAUGUAUGUGUUGGAAGAAGAAUAAACACAAUGGCCUACUCAUCUAGGCAGCGGUCAAGGAGGCUGAUUGCCAGUGUGAUUGUGGCUUUUGCUGUUUGUUGGUUACCGCAUCAUCUGUUUAACAUCAUAGAAAUUGUUUCAACACAGAUAGUAGACUCUAACCAGAAGAUGUCUUUGGCAUUGGGCGAGGUCUCAGAAAUGGGAGUAUACAUUUCUGGAUCACUGACAUUUAUUAGCAAUUGCAUUAACCCUCUGCUUUACGCUUUUUCUGCUCGGAACUUUCAAAGUCACCUGAGAUUUGCAAAGAUGUUCAAACUCUUUGAAACGAUGACUUAA